AUGGUUGGUUGUACCAUGUACAGUGCGCUCGACUUAGUCGAUGGUUAUUACCAAUUGCUCAUGCGAGCUAGCGAUAUUCCGCUUAUUGCUGUUAGUACUCCGAGCGGUAUUCUAUGGGAGUGCCGUGCUGAACAUGGACGGUCAGAUAUUGAGAACCAUAUUGUUCAUUUACGAGCUGUGUUCGAGUGCAUGCGCACUAAUAAGCUAUUUGCUAAUUUAUCUAAGUGCAUCUUCGGGGCCGAAGAAAAGGACUUGCGUAAAUGGCUUGGCCUUGCCAAUUACUUACACAAGUAUAGCGAAAAUUACGCUGAUAUGGCUCGGCCAUUAUCCAAUCUCCUUGAAAAGGAUGUGGAAUGGUGUUGGCGUGCCGAACACGAAGACGUUUUUAAAGCGGUGAAGGCUAACCUUCUUCAUGCUCCUAUUUUGGCUUUGCCAGACCCUGACCGACCGUUUAGCGUCGUCUGUGACGCAUCGGACUUUGCCAUUGGCAGUGCUCUGUUACAAACAUAUGAUGAAGUCCGUGAGCGUGUGAUCGCUUUUAAAUCUCGCCAGCUGAAAGCUGCAGAAAAGAACUAUCCCGCUCAUGAAAAAGAGCUACUUGCGAUGAAGUAUUAUCUAGUCAAAUUCAGAUCGCCGCAUCUCUCGCAGAGAAUGGCCGGUUGGUUGUCAUUCUUUGCCGAAUAUAAUUUUGAGGUAAAAUAUAAGCCGAGCAAGCAAAAUGCUUUGGCUGAUGCGUUGUCACGCAGACCUGACUAUGAGCUUGCUCAUGUUACGACGUUUUCGUCUUCUAUUAUUGAUCUCGUUCGAUCGGUGUAUGCUAAAGAUGAUCAUUGUAUAGAGUUGCUACAUGCUCUUGGCAGUGAUGAGUUUAAAGACACGGACAUUAAAUUGUCGGCACGAUUAUAUGUGGCGGAUCCUCCGCGUACUGUAAUUCCUCACGAAGAGGACCUGUAG